AUGGAAAAAGCUACACCAGACGCUAUGCCCGACUCACUAACAUACGUGCCCAGAGUUUCAAACACGCCAUUGAGCGUGUUCAACAGUUGCAGCUCGGCUAGUAGCGCAUACAGUAAAGCUCGCGGUGGCCAGAGCGGAAGCUGGCUGCUCAACAGGAGCAAGCGCCUCCAGUCCACUUCUGCGCAGAUCAGCAACAAAGCUUCCAAACUUGACGUCGCCGAGGAUAUUUCCAAAGACGAAAAAACUCAGCAGGCCUUUCGGAUAGCCUUGAAACGCGGUAAUGUGGUGGUGAGAACCCCCUCAGAAGCAGGUCCCUUCUGGCAGUUAGAAAAUUGUCAAUGUCCGAAGUGCGUUCAUCCGGACACCAAACAAAGGACUUUCGACACUUUCUCGAUUGCGCCAAAUAUCCGACCGAAGGAAGUCCAAAGCUCCGGUGUCGAGGAUGUUCACGUUAAAUGGAAUGAUGGGCAUGAAAGCACAUAUUCAUGGAAUUGGCUUUCGACGCAUCGCGGCAAUUCCCGACACUUUGUGGACCACAGGCCAACGAAGCCAGUCAGAUUACCAAGACCAUUCCAGGUGUAUGAAGCACAAGGGGGAGCUUCAUAUCCAGAGGUGGCAUAUGAUGCGGUGAUGUCCGAAGACAAGGCAGUACUGGAGUGGCUGGAAAACAUCUGGACCUGGGGGUUCUGCUUCGUCAAAGGUGUGCCGAUCGACCCGCAGUCAACCAAAGCCCUGAUUGAAAGAAUUGCCUUUAUAAGGCACACACAUUAUGGAGGGUUUUGGGACUUCACUGCGGAUCUCACCUAUAAGGACACAGCUUACACAAACCAGUGGCUUGGGGCUCACACGGAUAACACUUACUUCACUGAUCCUUCCAGGUUACAACUCUUCCACUUGUUAUCCCACACGGAUGGAAAGGGAGGAGAGAGUCUACUGGUGGAUGGCUUUGCAGCUGCCACCAAGCUGGCUCAGACAAGCCCCAAGUCAUACAUUGAACUCACUCGCUCGCGACACCCAUGGCAUGCAAGUGGGAAUGAAGAUGUCUGUAUCCAACCCUCCGCAAUGGCGCCUGUCUUCAGUAUCCACCCCGACACAAAGGCCGUCCAUCAAAUCCGUUGGAACAAUUAUGAUCGAGCACCAAAAACAGACUGGUCCAUCGUCUCGCAAAACGAAUGGUACGCAGCCGCUCGAGCGUACAACGAUAUCCUGACCGACAAAUCAAAUGAAAUCUGGACCCAAUUGCAACCUGGGACAGCUCUGAUAUUUGACAACUGGAGAAUGCUGCAUGGACGGUCCGAAUUCACCGGAAAGCGUCGCAUGUGUGGUGGCUACGUCAACAAUGAUGACUUCGUCUCUCGGCUGAGGCUCCUUAAGUUUGGCCGUCAAAGUGUCUUGGACAACCUCGGAAACGUCAAAGAUUUCAAGAACCCUAAAAACCCUUAUUCGGUCUACUAG